CCGACCCAGUCAACCAUCGACACGCUCCGCCUCUUCCUCCUGUCGCGCUACUCGAACGAGGCCCAGCUCCUCAACCUCGAGAACAUGGCGGCCGACCCGAUCCUCAAGCAGCACAAGCUGCUCGCGCCCGGCCAACCCGGCGCACCGACCAACAUGGCGCCGGCCAUGUGGAAGCUCUCGAAGGAGCUCUUCCCGAACAUCGUGUCCCUCUCGCUCGCCAACAACGACCUCACCUCGCUCCUCCCUCUCUCGCCCUGGCUCCUCACCUCGAACCUGCCCAACAUCGAGAACGUGUCGUUCGCCGGCAACGGCAUCAAGGCGUUCCGCGACAUGGACCCGUUCAGCCCGCUCGUCGGCAAGGAGCGCAAGGACAAGCAGCCCAAGGGCUGGCGCAACCUCAAGGAGCUCGUCCUCACGGGCAACCCGGUCGUCGCCUCGGGCGGUCAGCCAGACACCUACGCCAAAGAGAUGGCUCGCCGCUUCGCCACCCUCCGCACCCUCGACCAGCAGCCGAUCGACCCGUCCAUAGCCUUCGCGGUCAACCAGGAGCGACCUACGUUCGGCGCAGAAGGACCCGGCCUGUCGUCCAAGGUCAAGAGCGAGAAGGCCAAGGCGACCAAGCGCGAGCCGGUCGUGUUCCCGGUCGACAGCACCGCCGGCGGGUUCUGCGACCCGGACGGCGCACGAGGGUUCGUCGGCGAGUUCCUGGCCAAGUUCUUCAAGGCGUUCGACGACGACCGCCCCUCGCUCCUGUCGGCCUAUGCGCCCCUGUGCACCUUCUCGUUCUACGCCGACACGGCCAACCCGGUCCGGGCUCGCGCCAAGAAGGUCGGCGCCAAGGGCGACAGGCGCUUCCCGAGCCAGCACAAGCUCGACUGGAGCACGUACCUCACGCCUGAGGGCAGCAGGAACCUCGCUCGUGUGCGCAGCCCCGAGAAGCUCGUCGCGACCCUCAAGACGACGCCGUCGGCCGUCAUCACGAGCAUCGUCACGCUCCCCAAGACGCAGCACCCGCUCGAGAAGGGCGACAAGUUCGUGUGGGACUCGUGGACGAUGCCCGGCCUGCUCGCGCCGACGCAGCCGGGCGCGCCGGGCGAGGUCGUCAUCUUUGCGAGCGUGCACGGCGAGUUUACCGAGUUCCCGAGCAAGGGCGUGCGCUCGUUCGACCGCAACUUCAUCCUCGCGCCGACACCGGCCGGCUCUCCCGCCGCCGCCGCCGGUUGGUCGUGCAUCAUCGUGUCGGACGUCCUCACGCUGCGCGGCUACUCGGACCUCGCCUUCUCGAAGCCGCGCGUCCCGCGCCCGCCCAAGCAGCCGAGCGCACCGGCGGCGACGGGCACGGACGAACAACAGUCGCUCGUGCUCCAGCUCCAGGCCGUGACACGCCUCACGUACACGUUCGCGCACAUGUGCCUCGCGCAGAACGGGUGGGACCCGCACCAGGCGCUCGCCCAGUUCCAGGCGCUCCACGCGCAGGGCAGCAUCCCGGCCGAGGCGUUCGUGCCGGCGUGA